AUGUUGUCGAAAUUUAAGGUUAAGUCUGUCAGCGGUGGGAGUUUUCUAACUCAUUUUCAACACAAGCGAGCACAGAGUUGCACACUGGCACAGACACAACCAUCUCUUACAGAGGUUUAUGAGGCCGAAAUAAGGCGUCUUCGGAAAGAGAACCACAAUUUGAGAAUUCAGCACAACUCCAUUGCAACUCAGCUGAAUGAAGUCGUAACUCAGCUUCAACAAGCAAAUGCUGAAGGAAUGCUGCUAAAGCAGAGAAUUGCAGAGACUGAAAAUGUUUUCUACAACACCAAACAGGACUUCUGGCAAUUAACAUCUGCAGCCAGAAAUAAUAAGAAAAGACGAGUCAGGCAACUAGUGGCUCAAUUGGUGGAAAGACUGGAGGAGUUUGAGCCCAUCGAGGUACAUAACAAUUUUACUUUUUUGUAA